CGAAAUGGCAAAAGCGUGGAAAUCUAAAGCGAAAAGCGGACACACAUACAGGACAGGAGGAAAGGAAAGAGGUCCUGUCUGUGCAACGGCAAAAGUAAACACACAUCAAAAAUCAAAGAAAGCGGAGCAAAAGUUUAAUUAUCCGAGGUAUUUUAUUCGAAAGCUGAAGUAAAAGAUAAAAGAGAAAUUUUAGUGAUGCAUAACCAAAUUUACUACGUAAAGAAAUAGAUCACAAUUUAAAUGAUUAACGAAAUAUAACAAAAAUAUACGCAAAUAAAGAAAAGUUAAGAAGAAUAAGUUGCAAAAAAGUAAAGAGAAAAAAACGGAAAAUUACGGUACGACAAUUCAGUUCGUUAUAUGCGCGUUUGUGUUAGUGUGAGUGUGUAUCCUGUGAUUGUGUAUGUGUGCAGCAUCAGCAGCAUCCUGGAAACCGAAGAAGCAGCAGCAGCAACAACAGCAGCACAAAAUCAAAUAGGAAUAUAAAAACAAACCUAUUCUCCUCCACACUUCUCCCGCACAUCGUCCCGUUUAGCAAUCUUCAACUCCUGCCCAUUACCGCCAUUCGCCUCAGUGGGGCUGUCAACAAUUUUCGCCAUUGCUGUCAAGCAUCCGGACAUUAUGGAAUGCCGCUAAGGAGAUGGAGAGGCCAUCCCAGGAGUAAGCAGCAACUUGCAUUCAAUGCCAGGCAUAGGCAUAGGCAUAGGCCAACGUUGUCACCCAAAAGCCCAUAGAUAUAGAUACAGGCUCUGAGCAUCAUCAUUAUUAUCAUCAUCAGCAGCAGUACCGCCGCCGCCUCUUCCCCCCUCUCCGUUAUGCAGUGAAUGGCAUCUGCAUAUAACCUAACCAAGUGACAAGAGUCUCACAAGUGCAACAUCAUCCCAACCCAAAGUAGAAACACCCUCCAAGCCCAAGCGCAAGCAUCAAGAUGACCACAGACUUUUUGUUCCCCAAAAUAGCGGAUUGCUCCUAUGUGUCCUGUUACUGCGAGGAGAACGUUUGGAAACUAUGCGAACAGGUCAAGAGAACGCGACCCGAAGAACUAGCCAAGUGUUAUGCCGUUUUCGUAUCCAACGAAGGACGAACUGUGCCCCUAUGGCGCCAAAAGGCCGGACGUGGCGAUGAUCAAGUUGUGAUAUGGGAUUAUCAUGUAUUCUUCAUGCACAAUCCCUUGCCGAAUAGAUGUUUGGUAUUCGACCUGGAUACCACUCUACCAUUUCCCACAUAUUUUCAUAAAUAUGUCACAGAGACUUUCCGUUCCGAUCUGGCCCUGCGACCGGAGCAUCAUAGAUUUUUCAGAGUUAUACCCGCAGAUACAUAUCUCAUAGAGUUCUCAUCGGAUCGCCGUCAUAUGCGUCGACCGGAUGGCAGCUGGAUCAAGCCGCCGCCCUCAUAUCCACCUAUUCUAUCAAAUACAAACACUCACUGUCUGGGCGAUUUUAUAUGCAUGAGCGCCGGCAAGGGUCCUGGGGCUGUUUACAGUCUAUCGGAGUUUGUGCACAACUUCUACAAACAACCUAAUAUGGUGGCGCAAAACAAUAAAUAAAGUAGAUGAUCUAUGGAUCGAGGUUCAUCAUCAUCAUUUGUCGAAAAUA